UGCUAAACGCGCGGCUGUUUUUCUUUGAGUAACUGAGAGGACGUUUGUUUGUAUUGGGAAGUUCAGAGCUUUGCGUAUUUGUCAUUUAAAUGAUAAAGUAAAAGUCGACUCGUACAUUAAACGUAUUGGACUGCGCAUCAGCAUACAGGAGAUGGGGGGCUACGGAGUAAUGGCUGAAGAGGGAACCAUCGAUUACUCAGUUCAUGAAGCUUGGAACGAAGCCACUAACGUUUACCUGCUGGUCAUCUUGGUCAGCUUCGGACUGCUCAUGUACGCCAGAAAAAACAAAAGGAAGAUAAUGAGAAUUUUUUCAGUGCCUCCUACUGUUGAACCAACACCUGAACCUAACUUUUAUGACAACAUGCAAAAAGUUCGGCUCCGGCAGCAGUUAGAAAUGUACUAUAUUGCUCGAAAAUAUGACAGUCAACAACAACAGCAGCAGCAGCAGCAGCAGCAAAGCCAGUCAGAGUGUGUGCAGCUCUCGGUGGAAUAAAAGAGUAAACUUAAACUUCCUACUAAUGUAAUAUUAAGGGACAUUAGAUAUUGCUAUGGUGUCAGAGUUGAUGUAUUAAUCCAAUUGAUUCUUUAUGAAUUAAGUGAAGGACUUUUUGCUCAGUGGUUGAGUUUCUAUAACGUGUUACACUCAGUACUAUGUUGCUAGCGUAUGUUUCAAGGUAUGUUUACAGUAUAAAUUGAUUUUAUUUGGUUUAUGGAAAUGGUGCAUUGUUUUCUUUGCUGGCUGUAUAUGAUUUGUGUUCACUGAUUUUUAAACAUGAGUUUACAAUCUAAUUUUUAUACUCUCAUUAGCAUUCAGUCUCAUUUUUUUGUUCUUCUUCUUUUAAAUGUGCUUGUUCAAAAUGUCUGAGAUUUGCAUUAUAUAAAACAGUGGUUGGGUUUCCAAGUUAGAUACAGUAUUAAUUGUUCAAUUCAAAGUUAUUUAAUUACAAACAUGUUAAAUAUGCAUUUGCCAGACAAAAGCGUGUUCGAAAGUUAAUUGCUUUCUAUAAAUAAAAAAAAUAUAUUGUACUGUA